ACUUCUCUCACUCGUUUCCACGUGAUGAUGAUUUUACUUUUUCCAUCAAGGCUCAUUGCUCUUCCCUUCUCCCUGGGGCUGGCUGGGGAUCAUCACCAGCGUUCCUGGGGGAAAAUCUCUUCUGGGAAGACUUCAAACAAAUAAACCGGCCUCUGAGAGGAACAACAGCUCUCCCAGUGAAGUGACAUCACUACCUCCCUGACAGGACACCCCUGGGAGCCCAGCUCACAGCCACUGGUACCAUCUUCCAGGACCAGCCUGGGGCCCCCAUGGGCUCCUGAGGGCCGGGCACCAGGGCCUCGGGCACGAGCAUGGUAAGACACCAGCCCCUGCAGUACUAUGAGCCCCAGCUGUGCCUCUCCUGCCUCACAGGCAUCUACGGCUGCCGCUGGAAACGCUACCAGCGCUCCCAUGAUGACACCACACCGUGGGAGCGCCUCUGGUUCCUGCUCCUCACGGUCACCUUCGGCCUCACGCUCACCUGGCUCUACUUCUGGUGGGAAGUCCACAAUGACUACGAUGAAUUCAACUGGUACCUCUACAACCGCAUGGGCUACUGGAGUGACUGGUCCGUGCCCAUCCUCAUGACCACAGCCACCGCCUUCACUUACAUUGCCGGCCUCCUGGUCCUGGCACUAUGUCACAUCGCUGUGGGGCAGCAGAUGAACCUGCACUGGCUGCACAAGAUGGGAUUGGUGGUCAUCCUGGUGUCCACAGUGGUGGCCAUGUCGGCCAUGGCCCAGCUGUGGGAGGAGGAGUGGGAGGUGCUGCUGAUCUCCCUGCAGGGCACAGCUCCGUUCCUGCACAUGGGGGCCCUGGCCGCCAUCACCGCGCUCUCCUGGAUCGUGGCAGGACAGUUCGCCCGGGCAGAGCGCUCCUCCUCCCAGAUGGCCAUCCUCUGCACAUUCUCUGCUGUGGUGUUUGGCCUCUACCUGGCCCCUCUCACCAUCUCCUCUCCCUGCAUCAUGGAGAAAAAGGACCUGGGCCCCAAGCCUGCCCUCAUUGGCCAUCGCGGGGCCCCCAUGCUGGCCCCAGAGCACACGCUGAUGUCCUUCCGGAAGGCCCUAGAGCAUAAGCUGUACGGGUUACAAGCUGAUGUCACCAUCAGCCUGGAUGGCGUGCCCUUCCUCAUGCAUGACGCCACCCUGCGGCGCACCACCAACGUGGAGGAGUUGUUCCCAGAGCUUUCCCGCAGGCCCGCCUCCAUGCUCAACUGGACUGUCCUGCAGAGGCUCAACGCUGGCCAGUGGUUCCUGAAGGCGGACCCCUUCUGGACGGCCAGCUCCCUGUCACCCUCCGACCAUAGGGAGGUCCAGAACCAGUCCAUCUGCAGCCUAGUUGAGCUCCUGGAGUUGGCCAAGGGCAAUGCCACACUGCUGCUCAACCUGCACGACCCUCCCCGGGAGCAUCCCUACCGUUCCAGCUUCCUUAACAUCACACUGGAGGCCUUGUUGCGCUCAGGCUUCCCCCAGCACCAGGUUAUGUGGCUGCCUAACAGGCAGAGGCCCUUUGUACGGAAGAUGGCUCCUGGCUUCCAGCAGACAUCAGACUCCAAGGAGGCAGCUACCAGCCUGCGGAGAGGCCACAUCCAGCGACUGAACCUGCGCUACACUCAGGUGUCCCUCCAGGAGCUCAGGGACUACGCAUCCUGGAACCUGAGUGUGAACCUCUACACGGUCAACACGCCGUGGCUCUUCUCCCUGCUGUGGUGCAUGGGGGUCCCAUCUGUCACCUCCGACAACUCCCACACCCUGUCCCAGGUGUCUUCCCCCCUCUGGAUCAUGCCCCCGGACGAGUACUGUCUCAUGUGGGUCACCGCGGACCUGAUCUCCUUCACGCUCAUCGUGGGCAUCUUCGUGCUCCAGAAGUGGCGCCUGGGUGGCAUACGGAGCUACAACCCCGAGCAGAUCAUGCUGAGUGCAGCAGUGCACCGGACCAGCCGAGAUGUCAGCAUCAUGAAAGAGAAGCUCAUUUUCUCAGAGAUCAGCGAUGGCAUGGAGGUCUCCGAUGAGCUCUCUGUAUGUUCAGACAACAGUUAUGACACAUAUGCCAACAGCACCACCACCCCAGUGGACCUCCGAGGGAAUGGCAGCCGUGCCAAGACUCUCACAGACCGCAGUGGCCGUUAGCUAAAGACCUGUCUUCCCAGGCUGUACCUAAUAUGGAGACCAGGGAACCCAAAAGAGCUGGUAGAAGCUUGUCUGGACUCAAGAGUGCUCUGGGAGCUGGCUCUAAGGCCUCCUCUCUCCCCUGAGGCCCAGCUGGGUCAGGACUCCAGCCUCUCAGAUGCCCCUGCAGGCCUGGGGAUCCUUCUGGGAAGUUUGGGGCCUGGUCUUCCCCUGAGGUCUUCCCUUGCAUCCUGAUCUGGAAGCUCUGAUGGGUCACUGGGCCAUGCCAUACCCCUGUGGCAGUGGAGGAUGUGGAUGCUCACGUGUGACCAUCCCCCUGUUUGUGCUGUGAGGCAGCCAACUUCUCCGUGUUUCUCCUGCCUCGAGGACCUGGGGCUGGGCCUCAGCCCCCAGAAGCUCUUCUCUUCACUUCAGUCUCAAAGCACAAAGGUUUGACUCAGAAGAAAAACCUGCUGCAGUGGUGGAGAUACUCCUCCUAACCAGCCUCCCACCACCACUGGACCUACCCCAGGAGAGGGCCCAAGCCACAUUCCCUAGGAGCAGCUGGAAAUGGCGAGAUAAGCAGGCUCAGGGCUGCUUAAUUCCCCGCCCAAGUGCCCAACAGGCCUCCAGGGCAGAGAGCCCCAGAUUGACACAACCUCAGUGACCAUAGGUCAGGGGCCACCUGAAAAUAAAGUGUCUGGGCAUGGUCAGGGGUAGGCAUGUGGCUAAGGAGGCCUACAGUGGAGGGAGCCUGAGGGACCUUGGUCAAGAUGAUUAAAGCUGCCAUGUUGACAUGUGAUUUCUGAACUGUCAGUGGAAGGAUGGGGACCAAGCUUGCUGAGUUUGGGAUAUAGUCUUGGCCCCAUGAUUUGAGGAGGAGCCAUUCUCAGAAAUGAGUGGGAGAGUGGUGGCAGGGUGGUGGGUUUCUUAACAACCCUGGGGACCAGCAUCCCAUAUUGUGGUGGAGGAGAUGGUCUUGGAGAGGUAAAG